CUUUUUAAAAUGCUUUUGUUUCAAUACUUACAAGGGUUACACCAAAAACGUCACUUACAUACAAAAUAGUCCACUAUUACAAAAUAAUGUAGGUAACCAAAAAAUGGAUAAUGUUCCAGAAGAAUAUUAUCCUGGAGACUCUCCUGAAACUCUACAACGCAAACUUUAUUGUUUAUUAGAACAAUUACAAAGUUUUCAUCAAAAAUUAGAACCGGAAUAUCAAAUGAGAAUUCCGUACGAAUUAUUAUCAGGUCUUGCGAAUUCUUUACUAAAUGAAACAAUAUUUGAAAUUGUGAAAGGUUUGAUGGAAAUACAACAUGUGACAGAAAAACAACUUUUUCACCAACGGUUACAACUUAUAAGAAAACACGAAGAGGAAUUCACGGAAACAUUAAAUCAUCAAGUGAAUAAUAAUUUGCUAACAGUUGAAGAAAAAAUAAAAAAUGUAUGUUUGUUAAAAUUAAAACAAAAAGAUGAAUUAAAAUUAUUAGACUUGAAUAUUAUUCGAGAAUUAGACAAAAAGGUUCGAGAUCAACAAGAAAUACUUGAAAAAGCAGGUGUGCCUGGAUUUUAUGCUACAAUUAAAGAAACCGAUUUAAAAGUUCAAAUGCAUUUAUUAGAUUUUAUUUUAAGAUUAAGUACAAUGAAGCUUGAUAUACAUUAAUUAAUUCAUUUUAAUUGUAAGUAUUUUU